AUGCAUAGGCCCAAACUAAACGCAUUCUUUAAGUGUUUUAUUACCAAAACAUAUUCCAAAGCUUCGUUACUGUUCUCAACGCUCAUUCUUGCUGUGAUUGUUUUCCUUCAAUUCGGUUCACAUGACAGCAUCAAUAAUACAUCUUUCAUGUGUCCUGUACAAGCACAAACAUCAGCCUAUCAAUUCCUAACCGAGUUCACACAAAAUAUCACGCAGUCUACUUCUUCGCUUCAGGAGCUUAAUGCAUGGUAUGAUACUUCUUCUUUAAUGGAGUUGGAACGAGCACAGGAAAACACCACAGAUGCGACCUUCACCAUUUGCUUUUCUUCUUUCACAUAUGAUCAUCAAAAGAAUACCUUGUCUUGGAGAUUCCUUUUCGAUGAACAAGUCCUCUACUCUUUUAAUAUCACAAGCACGACAGCUGACAAUAUCACUUCUAUUCUUUAUUAUAGAGUCAUUCAUUCGAAUUUGUUGAAAACUCGCUUUUCACAAGAAUUGUUCAUUCCCAAUUCUAGAGAAAUGAUUCUUCAAGAGUAUCCCGUUUCUAUUUUGCAAAACAAAUAUGGAAUGGAUUUAAAUGUUGACAAAAUGCUGUUCCAUUUAAAUGGAUCCUCUGUCUUCAGUGCAUUUCUGAAUAUUUCCAAAUAUUUAGAUCUUCCAGAAUUAUUUGAACAUGAAUAUUAUAUUCAGUGGUUGACUUUGGAAUUGAACAAUACUCAAAUCAUGAAUCAACUUUUAACCUUGUAUUCCAACAACAUGUCUGCACUUCAACAACACGACAUGUAUUUACUUUUGACAUCCUCUCAAAAGAAAUAUUCCUUCUCAUCAUUGCAAUCGUUUAACACUUCCAUUCAAGUUUCUUCCAUUCGCACCUCAUCUCUUCCUCUGACCAAUUCAUGCGGUUCAAAAUCUCCUGUGAUUGCCUUCGCUUGGAAUUCAUGGCGUUUAUGGUUCGUUUUAGGAAUGGUUCUUUUAAUGUUGGUAGUUUUGGUGAGUUCCAUAUGGAGACCUUAUUUUGUGGUCACUCUCACUUUGGUUAUCUUUCAUUUGGCUGGAAUUGUCAGUUUAAAUGAUGCUUUGAGUGGCUUCUCCAAUUCAGGAACUCUGAUUGUUGCCUUAUUAUUUCCAAUUGUGAAGCCUCUGAGUGAAAAUUCGUUGGUGUUGAAAUUUUCAUCUCUCCUGUUCGGAAGUCCCGUUCGAUUCAAAAAUAAGAAAAAUGCGUUCUUGAAUCAUGUCUCGUUGAUGCUUCCGACGUUGAGAAUUGGACUUGUAUUUACAGUGUUCAGUGCGUUUGUUUCUAACACUCCGGUGGUUGCUACUGGAAUUCCCAUCAUUAUGGAAUGGGCAAAACAACACAAAUUAUCAUCUUCUAAAUUUCUAAUGACGUUAUUAUAUUGUACAGCAGGUGGUGGACUGCUUACCUAUAUCGGAACAUCAGCUAGUAUUGUUGCGAAUGGUAUCUAUACUCAGUACGGGUAUUCUCCGCUGACAUUUUAUGAGUUUGUUUAUGUUGGAUCGAUAUUAGCAAUUGGGACUAUAAUUUAUUGCUGUUUUUAUGUGUUAUGGAUUUCGCCAAAAGAAGGAGUCAAGCCUAAACUCAAUACUUCAAAAUUGUCUUCAUUGAUUGGAAUUUCCAACAUGGCUAAAAAAGAAAAGCCUAAGCAUAAGGAACGCUCUGAAAAGUUUAUUUCCUUGGUGAAAAUGUCAAACUUAGAGUCUCAACCCAAACGUUCCAAGGCUUACCAAUUGUUCGUAACUUUAAAUGGAUCCACUAAGGAGAAAAUUCUUCAAAAAUUAGAAUUAGGAAAACAAUUUGAGUUGGAGGCCAUUCUUAGGGAAGAACUGCGAUCGAAAGACGAAAUGGAGCAUUCAGCUGUUUCUUUAGGGCCUCACCUUCCUAAUUCAAUUGAUAAGGGAAAUGUGCAAUCAUCAUCCUUACAUGAUCCUGCAAAUACAGAUGAAAAGAUGCAAUCAUCAACAGCACUCGAGCAAACAACAUCUUCAGAUUCCAGUAGUAAUACCAAUGAAAGUGGAAGUACUGUAGUGAAAUCGAACAGCGAUUCAAUGAUUUCCCCUAAAACUACUGAUGCCAAUGAAGUUCAAGCAUCUCUGGGUAUCUCCUUCUUGAGGAAUAUUGCACCAGUUGCUCCCAACGAAGUUAUUCAAAAGAAUGACAUUUUAGUAUUUAAAGGUCUUUCAGAUUCCAUUUUAAAGUUGCAUUCCAUGAUGGUUGAUUGUGUGAGUGAUGAGACCAAAGAUAAUGUUAUUAUUGGAGAGGAGCUAACUUCCAAGUGUCAAGUCUUCGAUACCAAGAAUACAGAAUCUGUCACCAAUAACGGCUCGUUGUCUGUGGAAAACAUUGAAGAAGGAAGAAAUUCUCAAAGCAGUUGCAGCAACGUGAAUUCAUGCAAUUCCAUGGAUAUGCUCAUUGAAUCUCCCACAGCUCUUACUGAUUCACAUAACAACGAGGUAACCAACCAGCUCUAUUUGAAUUUAAAAAAGAAGAAUGUAGAACAAGCCUCCGAAAAAAAGUCACUUGAGGUAAAUUCAUUAGCUCCCACGACUACGACACCCAACACACCGAACACUCCAACUACUCCUAGAAAGAGAUUUAGCUUGAGAUUUAAUAAGGGCUCAGAAAACAAGGAGGAAGGAGUGAAUGCCAAUGAAUUUGAAUUUUUUGAAGUUGUGGUUGGGCCUUCUAAUGUGUGCAUUGGCGAAAAUUAUGACACCUUUGAAAAACGAUAUCAAGUCAAAGUACUCGCAAUACGUCAAGUGAAUUCCAGUACAACAUUAAUUUCGGAUGAAAGUACCGUUAAGCAUUCAGAAAAAACAACCAUGACCAAGACAGAUCAUGAUUUAACUCUCCACACUGUUUGCAUUGGUGACACAAUACUUGUUUUGGGAAAGACUCGAUUCUAUCUCAAUCAUCAUGACUCUCUUCGAGAAUUUUAUUUAAUAUCUCGAAUCAAUAACGUAUCACCAUAUCAUGAUCCGUUCAGUUCCAAACGUUUCGUAUGGAAAAUACCAUGCACUCACAAAACUCUCAAUUUGUGGUGGUGGGAACAUUGGAUCUUUGUCUUCUUUCUUGCCAUGAUUGCAUGUGCCGUUGCAGGGAUUUCGAUGGUUCAAUGUACAUUGGUGACCUUUUGUGUGGUAAUCUUGUUUGGUCUCAUCUCUCCAACAAAAGCAGUGGAUUGUAUUGAAUGGAGAUUGGUAGCCAUGGUCGGUGCUUCAUUUGGAAUUGCUACCGCUAUUACUCAGAGUGGAGUGGCAGAGGCCUUAACAGAAAUUUUAAGGUUGAUGAAUAUGCCUCUCAUCUUGCUGCCUGCAUGCAUUGUGUUCAUUACGUUGGGGGUGACCUCUAUCAUCACCAACAAUGCAGCUGUUGCUAUUUGUUUACCAUUAGGUUUGGCAGUGGCAAGAGCGAACGGACUGAAUCCACGUUGUAUGGCCAUGUGUGUCACGUAUGCAGCUUCGAGUGUAUUCGCCACUCCAAUUGGUUAUCAAGCAAAUUUGUUAAUUAUGGGACCUGGAGGUUAUACGUUUUUCGAUUAUAUUAAGGCAGGAUUACCCCUCACCAUCAUCUAUUGGGUGAUUAUAAGUGUUUUUGUUCCACUAAUAUGGGGACUUACAACACCAAAUUUUUGA